AUGGCCGGCAAGGACGUCGCCGCGAAGACUACCACCGCUGAGCCGAAGAGCGUGGCGCGGCGGCUAUGGCGGGUGACGCGCGCCGUUCUCUACAUGCUGCGGCGUGGCGUGCUGCCGUCCGGGCGUACGCCUGCCAUGGACAUCCGCCGCGGUAGGAUCGCCGGCAAGGCCCUCAGCGGCUUCGUCAGCUUCCAUCGCCAUGCUGCCACCGCUCGCUCUAGCUCCGUAGCAGCGAGGCGCCGAGACGACGACGAGGUCGCCGGCUACUACAACAACAGCUACGACGCGGCUGACAUCGCCAGGGUGUUCGAGAUGCUCAACGACAGCGGACACCUCUUCGACGACGAGGACGCGCUAGGGAGGGCGACGCCUUCUCCCGCGCUGCAGACCUUGGGGUGCGGCGCGGCGGCGGCCCAGCUGCGCGUCACUGGCACGCCGUUCGCGUCAAGCGAGCACCAGCAGGUGGACAGGAAGGCCGACGAGUUCAUCAGCAGGUUCUACGAGCAGCUGCGUGCGCAGCAGAGCCUCGCCGCCACGCCGGACUACUACGGCUACGCUGCAAGGCCGGUCGCCGCUUGA